CCCAUACUUCAGUCUCGCUCACUCACACACACACACACAGUCACAUACACACACACGCACACUCGCUGAGGGGGAUUCUCCGAGACGGGUGGAAGCUUCAAUGUGAUCGUCAUUUCUCCGUCACCUUCGGCGCAUUGAAGAUCUGUCUUUAUUUUUUGAUACGUAAAAUUGGAUUCCCCCCCCGCUGCUCCUUUGAUAGUUGCAACUUUGUGGACGUAAACGAAGAGAACUUGUGAGACUGAUAUAAAAAUCAGCGCCUUUCACUCGGAGACACCUUGGGCUGAACAUUGAGGGAUUUGGGAUUUUGUUUUGUUUGCUUUAUGGUCCUCUAGACAACUGGAUUUUUAUUAUUUUUUCCAUUCACCUUUUGUUUCGCCUGACGGACAUCCUGUAGAAGCUGCUUUUAUGGAGUGUGAAAUUUUGGACGCACGUGCCAAGUUUGGACGGAAAAAGUCAGACGAAAGCAUGGCUGAUGGAACCGCCGCGACGUGCUGAAGGCUUCUUUCCAAAAAAGAUAACACAGUUUCGACGGAGAUGACCACCGCGUCCAUGGAGCCCGUCGGAGUCCUGGUGGAAAGGAGCACCAAUGCCACCGAGCCCCCUCAGAGCUCUCACGAGGACCCGGCCGCCACUUUCACCAUUGGCACUAUUCUCUCCAUCAUGUUUCUUGUGGGAGUCUUGGGAAACAUCUACACCCUCGUGGUGAUGUGCCAUUCCAUGCGCAACGCGGCGUCAAUGUACAUUUAUAUCAUCAACCUGGCGUUGGCAGAUCUUCUUUAUCUGCUCACCAUCCCGUUCGUGGUGUGCACUCACUUCCUCAAGCGGUGGUACUUCGGGGACGUCGGCUGUCGGAUUCUUAUUAGCAUGGACUUUCUGACCAUGCACGCCAGUAUCUUCACGUUGACCAUCAUGAGCACGGAGCGCUACUUUGCAGUGCUCAAGCCACUGGAUACGGUGAAGCGGUCCAAAAAGUAUCGAAAAGCCAUCGCGAUGCUCGUUUGGGCCGCUUCUCUGAUCCUCACGUUACCGAUGAUCGUGAGCAUUCAGCUCAUGAAGGUGGGCAACAAGGCUAUGUGUCUUCCCACCUUGUCAUCGCUGUCCUAUAAGAUUUACAUCACCUUCCUUUUUUGCACGAGCAUCGUAGCCCCGGGAUUGAUCAUUGGCUACCUCUACAUCCAGCUUGCUCGGACUUACUGGGUUUCACAGACGGUGACCUUCAAAACGACCAAUAAGCUUCCGAAUCUGAAGGUUCUUUACCUGAUUUUCACCAUUGUGCUCCUUUUUUGGGCAUGUUUCUUGCCUUUUUGGAUAUGGCAACUCCUGGGUCAGUACCAUCCGACACUGCCCCUGUCCUCCACAGCCAAGCGCAACAUCAAUUACCUGACGACAUGUCUGACGUACUCCAACAGCUGCAUCAACCCAUUCCUAUACACACUGCUCACCAAGAACUACAAAGAGUAUUUGAGGAAGCACAACCGGUCCUGGUCAGCUGGAAGUUUUUUUGACAGGAGGGGCCGUGUGCAGCGCUCGCCACGCAGAUCGCCCUCCGCGAGCAGUCAGCAGUGUACCGAGAGUUUCAUGCUCACGCACACAGCGUCCUUGCGUACCCACAACAGCAGCUUGUGAGAUGUGACUGAAUUGUGCCGAGUGAAGAAAAGGGACCAAAGAACCACGUGGAAACGGCAUUCGAAUGAAGUGGGCAUCUCUACAAAACUGGCAAAAGAAGUGAAAACAUGACAAAUGUGUGUGCAACUAAAACAGAUGUUGUAACCCGUGCGCCAAAAUUCACACCUGUGCUCAUUUUUUUUUUUCCCAUGAAUGAACAUAGGAAUGACCUUCAUGAUGAAUAAGUAUACAAUCUGUGCUCUUUGUUAUGCAAUACUGUAUGUGAGUCUGCAUGAAUAUGUGCAACAGCAAAAAAAUUGCAACAGAAGCAAGCCACGCUUGUGUGGAUUUUCUGGAUUAAAAAAAAAAAAAAAAAGCAUGAUUAUUGGACAAGUGCAGUAGGGUUCAGGAAGCAGCACCCUUAACAUCAAGCAUAAAUGCAGUCAUGCAUAAUUGAGUAUUCCGACCUGGUUUGAUUUAUCUUCAUUUGUAUUCAUCUUCACUGGACAAUAAAACACGUGCACUUCAUUUCUAGUGAUUAACGGGAGCGCAGGCCUUGCGGGUCCACCGGCGGCGUUGAAAAAAACAUGCUCUGAUCAAAACGAAAGUGCUUUUGAGCCUCAGUGAGAUGGAAAAAGUGAUACAAUUCCAAGAAAACUGUCAGAGAAUGCAUCUGUGAUGCAGUGUGUUCCCCCCAAAAUUGGCAUCAUUUGAAAUUUGAAUGUCAAAGUAACUCUUGUAAAGUGAAAUAUUUAUUUACCAAAACUUUCAAAAACAUAUUCUAAUGGAUCCAGAUUUUACAAUCAAUUUCGCAUGCAUUCACAAAUGUCACGAGGCACAUUUGCUUUUUGUGUUCCCCUUUGAAAUUUCUUCUCCGUGUCUAAAAAAUGGCAUUCCAGUUCUUAUUUUUAUUGCCUAAAAAAAAAUGCAAGUGAAUGUUGUUUAAAAAAAAAAAAAAA